CGGCUCGCUCUCGUCAAGUAAUUCAUUGUAUCAGAUUUAGACGGGAGGAAGCAGCGAGCGAGUCGGCUGGUCGGAAAAACAACUUUGGUCCGGGAAACACUGAAAAACCCAACUGCUAGGCACAUAAACUGAAGGGAUGGCAGCCAUCCGUAAGAAGCUGGUAAUAGUGGGGGAUGGAGCGUGCGGGAAGACUUGCCUUCUAAUUGUCUUCAGCAAAGAUCAGUUCCCUGAAGUCUAUGUCCCCACUGUGUUUGAGAACUACGUUGCUGACAUAGAGGUGGACAGCAAACAGGUGGAGUUGGCUCUUUGGGACACAGCAGGUCAGGAGGACUAUGACAGACUGAGACCUCUCUCCUAUCCAGACACUGACGUCAUCCUCAUGUGUUUCUCCAUAGACAGCCCUGACAGCUUGGAAAACAUUCCAGAGAAGUGGACCCCGGAGGUCAAACACUUCUGUCCAAACGUUCCCAUCAUUCUGGUCGGAAACAAGAAAGAUCUGCGUAAUGACGAGCACACACGCAGAGAGCUGGCCAAGAUGAAACAGGAGCCAGUGAAAUCAGAAGAGGGCCGAGACAUGGCCGGGCGGAUUGCAGCAUUUGGCUACAUGGAGUGCUCUGCUAAGACAAAGGACGGCGUGCGGGAGGUGUUUGAGAUGGCCACCAGGGCGGCACUGCAGGCCCGUCGUGGGAAAAAGAGCAAUAAAUGUGUGCUACUGUAAAUUGGCCGUCAUAUUUGGACUGUUUCACCCUGGGUUACUAUACCUGGGGAUAGGGCUUGGGAGGGACAGAGGGAUUACAAGAUGGGAGGGAGGGAGGGGGAGGAAGAAAAGAGUGCAGUAAAUGACUGCCGCUGUAACCUGGCUGUUUGUUGGACUGAAUUUACCCUGGGACUUGGGUUUGAAAGGCUUUGGUGGCAAAGUACAGAUGGGGAGACGAAGGGAAGGGAGGUGGUAAACGACUACCGCUGUAAACCAUUGGGCUCUUUACCUGUGGGUUUACCAUCUGGGUGGGAAAUUUACACCAGCAACAGUUACUUUUCAACAAGCCACUUACACUGAUAAAGAUCCUUAAGAUCGAGUCCUUCGUAAAAUCUAGCUGACUGGUAGCCCUGAUAAAGUUGCUCAUGAAUUACAGGGAGUUAGGGACAAUAACAAAAUUUUUUAAAGUUACCUGAAUGGAUGACCAGACAGACGGAAGGGAGAAACGGACAGCACAGUAAAUGAGUACCACUGUAAAAGGCCACCAGUGGACUUCAUCCCCAGGUGCUCAUGCCUGGAAUUAGGGCUAAGAUGGUGUGAAGUUUGGAAGAUGGAGGGAUGGGAUGUAUGAAGUUCUGAAGUGGCCACGAUAAGACAGGGAAGCCAGGGCAUCACUUCCUAGUUUUGCACUUUUAUCUUACUCGUUAUAUGCUGUAGGUCAGUUAAAACAGCCCUCAAUAGGAGACAAAUUGCCAGUUAAAUAAAUUGAGUGCUCCUCAGAAUGGUGCUUGAAACAAAUUUGAGGUGUAUUAGCUAGCACUUCAAUCCGAUGGAAGAAAAAAACUCUUAUUGAUAGGAUUAAACUAGUAGUCACAUGCUGUCAGGUGGGUUGUGUUAUUGGAGAGGCAUGGAGCAUGCUCACAUGCCAUUUAGUUUCUCUUUGUAGUUAAUCCUCUGUUUAUAGACUCUGUGACAAACACAUUUAGCCUCUACUCUUACUGGAUAAUCUGUUGCAGACACCUGACAUUGAGUGCUGUUGUUAUUUGAGGCUAGCUGCUUGUUUUAAACGAGAUCUGAAGUGUAUCUUAUCACAAUCUGCUUGCUUCAGAUGAUCUUAGUGUUUUAGAAAACACAGCCAGGUUCAGUUAUUUCCAGGUUAGCAGCAGUGUGCCUUUGGUGGCCAGACAAGAUGAGCAUAAACAUGCUGGAGUCUUAACUGCAGCUGGUUUGUCUACUUUAGUUCACAUCUGAGGGUUCUUUAACAUUUAAGUUCUUCAGACUGAAUCAGUGGAAGUGGCGGGUGAAUUGUGGUCCCAUUGGAAGACAAAGGUAGCUUCCUGUGUUGCGUAGACCCACCUGAGCAAACUGCCAUGGCUCUGCUCCCAUCCCUUCCUGUUCCACAGCUGGCCACUGGUGCUCAUCCUCCUCUGGUUUUAGGCCAGGACAAAGAACAAGGAGGGGAGAGUAAUGUUUACAUGCACACCACUGAUUUCCUUAUUUGGGAUGAAUGACUAUGAAUAUUACGUGUGUGUGCUUGUGUAAGCAUGUAGAAGGGUCAUGUGUACAUUAAGAAGAUCAGGUAAAUUUUUGAGGGGGGGGAGGGAACGGAUACCUGGGAUUUACCAUCCCUUUUACAGGUUGCCUGUUAGUAACUCUCAUCUGCUUUAACGAUUAAAGAGAGACAAACAACAAAGUGACAUGACCUUUUUAUCCCAGAACAGUGCAUAGAAAUGCCAGAAUUGUCAGGUUGGUCAGCCAGGUGGAUUUCGUAUAACAUGCAGGUGAGCCACAUCAAAGAAAUAACCACCUGCUGCUAAUAUAGUUUUGUUUUGUUAAAAUAAAGAAAAAAGAAAAUGUAGGCAUGGCCAGUCUGAGGAUUGGUUAGUCACCAGCCUUUCCUGACUUUACUGUGUAUUUUGCUAACACAUUCUGGCUCUCUUCUGUGAAAGCGUUGCACCCUCCUGUUCUUCUUCCUGGUCUACAGGGAGGAGCCUGUUCUAGAAACCAGUCUCGUGGUGUUUGUUUUUAUACUUUAUUUCCAACUUCUUUAAAAAAAAGUCAUAAACAUAUGUUGUCUAUCAGUAUUUAAAAAAAAAAUAAAAUAAAAAAAUAAGAGGUGGAAGACUAGGGAAUACUUAUGUUGCUUUAGGUUUUUGUUUUUUCCUUCUCUGUGCUUUACCUGAAUCUUUCUGAUGAUUUACUGUUGGUUUUAAUAACCAAUCAUCCAGCCAAAUGCUGUUGUUGGGCAGUCAGGAGAAAGGCUGGCCUCUCGGCUGCCUGUCUAGAGCAUCGCUAGGACAAUUAGUGCUGGCUUUUUUUUUUCUGUUUGUUUGUUUUUGAACACACUGUUAGCUGAAAAGACAAAAAAGGAAAGCAAACUUUAUUCUCAUGUACAAAUCAUUUUUAUUUCUAGUUUUUAUUGUAUUUUUAAGUCCUUAUUUUGGAUGCUGAAGUAGUGAUUUAAACAAAGGAACAGGAAAAAAACAAGCUGUAUGCAAAGUCUGUAAAUAUAUUAAAAAAAUAGGAAAAAAGAUGUGGGUUUGUUCAUACUAGGCUAUACACACGCACAUGACUGGAAACUAUUUGUAAACUAGCUUUGGUUUGUGUAAUAAAUUACUUUCUAUAACA